UCACAAACAAGAAAAAGAACAAGCACAUUUUCAGAGUGACAUUUUGCAUGCUCAAAUCUGUUGUGUGCAAGAACAUUCGUGUGCGACCCCCCAAGAAUAUCACCACCCACUGCUGCGCAGCAACAACGCCUAAUAGCGCGUGCAGCAGGUGUGUGCGCGUACUCGAACAUUAAGAGCAGCAUUAACAACAACAACAACCGCAACAAACGAGUGAGGCGAAAAAAAACUUCAAACAACAUCAAAAACAAAAUAAAAUAAAAAGACAACCACAACAAAAAACUCAGCAAGUAGCAAAAAAACAAACAAAAAAACAACAACAAAUAAAAAGAAAUAGAAAUAAAAAUAAAAAGUAAAUCACAAAAACAAAACCAUGGCUGUUGUCUUUUAUAUGCCCGAGGCGGGCGCCGAUGACUCUGCAUCCUCAUCGAGUGGCAGUCAUGGCAGCGGAGGCAGCGGCAGCGCUGCCUCAUCGACAUCACAAUCGCCCAAUACGACCACAUCGGCCACACAAACGCCCAUGCAGAGUCCGUUGAUGGCGAGUCCGCACAUUGUGAUGGCCCUCUGUGAGGCGGUCUAUCAAUCGUUGAACAAUACCCCUGCCUUCCAGUAUCCACCACCAGCCAGUCCAUGCUGUCACGUGCAUAGCCCAUCUCCAUACACAGCCAGUGGUGGUGGCGGCGAAGUAUUCUUUCCACCCAGCCGCAGCACACCGCGCACGCCACGAACCAGCGUCAGCUUUGCUGCCGGAGAAGAGAACACCUUCUUUCGUCAGCACAACAUCAGUGGCGGCUAUAGCAAUACACAACACCUCCAACAGCCACCCCAGUCGGCCCCACCAAUGCCGCCCAGUAGUCACACCAGUGCGCAUAGUCAGACAACCCCACAACAAUAUCAGCAAUAUUCAUAUCCACACUAUCAGUAUACCCCACCGCCGACGCCGCUCACCGCAAAUGCCAGCACCUGCACCGGCAAUGUGUUCGGAUCGACGGAAGCGACAACGCAUCAGCGCACCUGUGUAGCGUCGACGUCGACAUCAACACAAUCUUGUAUGGCGAAGGGACAUGCGCGAUUGCAUCGCAGUUUUUCAGAUGCGCAGAAGCGGUCGCGUCGCACAUCAACCACAAAUGAUGAUGAGCGCGAAUGUCAUAGCGAGCAUGAGACCAGCUGGGAUGAGUUCGAUGAUCGUUAUGAUAAUUUUACAGCAGGCCGUGAACGUUUGCAGGAAUUUAAUGGGCGAAUACCGCCGCGUAAGAAGAAAAAGGAUGUGCCAAAAUCCAAGUCAGAGAAAAAGCAAUUCAAAGCCUUCAUCUGGCCCACUGUCGUUACAGUCAUCGUUGUGGCAAUGGGUUGUGGCUUCCUUGUGGCACGAUGAGUGCCCGAAAUGUGAAGCACCAGCAGCAGCCGCAAUACUUACAAUUAAACAGCAGCAGCAGAAAAGCAAUGCAUAUAAAAAAUUAUUUACACUUAAAAAAAUAAAUAAAUUUGCGAAAAAGAAACAAAAAAAUGUAUAAAGUGGUAACGAAAAAGUACCAAAAGCGUCAAAUGUUUUGAAAGCAAUGAACAAGUUUGAAAAGUUUAAAAGUGAAGAAACGGCACGAGAAAUGUUGAAUGAGAAGUUUUUGAACGAAAGCAGCGCGUGGAAUGGCGCGACUUAUACGCCGCAUGAAAGUGAGCACCCGAAAGAGGAAUGAGAAAGCGAGAGAGCGAGGGAUGUGACGCGUGUGAUGGAGACAAUCUGUGUGGGAAGGUAACAAAUGUGUGAAAUUAAAUUGCUGUGAGCAAGCGGCUAACGGAGAAAAAGCCAAUGAAUGGUUAUAAAAGCUAGUGGAACGCAUUUGAAUUAGAUGAAUUGGUGCUUGGGGAGCAGAAGCGCGAAAAAUGGAAAUGAGAGAUUUGCCAGCACUUAUGUGUGAGAAAGAGAGGAGAGUGAGGAAGGUGUGUAUAUGAAGGAGCGUAGUUAGCGACAACGAACCCGAAUUUUAGCAACGAAGCUUUUCUUAACUAAACAAACGCAUUCAAAGUCGAAACGAAAUGGAAGUGAAAGCGAGAAACAGAAGACACAAAAAAUAUUUGUACUAAUCGAAAAGAAUAUUUUUUUAAAAUGUAAGCGUUUAUAACAACUACACAUUGUGUGUAUACAUACAAAUCUUAAUAACAGCCUUUACCGUAUUUAGACGUGGAAAUUUUGCAAAGACACAAAUCAAAUCGUAUGAAUAGUAUUCCAGAACUUAUGUAUUUCAACUGCCGCUAAGUAUAAGCAACUUUUGUGCUUAAAGAAAAUAUUUUUCUAUGGUGAUGAAGUUUGUUGUUGUAUUUUUCUUAAUGUGAAACAAAUAAGACUGUGCGUUUUAUAAAAGACAGCAUUUAUACUAAAAGCCUACAUAUCUAUAUAACAAAUGAAUUGGCAGCAAACCAGGCAGAAAUUACAAACAAAACAACAAAUUUACUAAAAAAUCUA